AUGGCCUAUCCACCGUCACGUCCCGAGCGCGACCCGCGUCCAGGGGCACCGACGCAUGACGAGACGCCACUGUACGAGGCUGCGACAUUGUACGCGCAGUCGCCGCAUGUGCACGCAGACCGGCGCGAGCGAGCCCGGCGCGAGCGGCGAUCGCAGUACGGACCGCGGCAUGUGUUUCUCUUUGGGCGCGCGAAGCGAGUCGCGGAGCCCAUGUACCUCGUCCUAGCCGUGCUGCUUCUUGGUCUACUUUGGAUCGUGACGAGGACGUCUCCCGCCUCUACGAAGCUGUCAUCUCCGCCCCCGGCCGCCACAGCGUACUUCUCCACCACACCACCAUCCAUGCCGUCGCAAAAGACGUUUACGCUCGCAUCGCGCGGCAAGGGCUGCCAUCUCGUGCAGUCGGAGGUUGAGCGUGAAAUUAGCGAUAUGAUACGUGGCGUGCAAGUGGGCAUCCUGACGCUGUUCAUUCAGCACACGAGCGCGGCGCUCUCACUGAACGAGAAUGUGGACCGGGAUGUGCGCACGGAUAUGGACAUGGCUCUGGACCACGUCGUGCCCGAGUCGCUUCCAUGGCGCCAUACGGACGAGGGUCCCGAUGACUCUGUGUCGCACACCAAGGCUACGCUCGUGGGCCCAUCGCUGACGAUCCCCAUCACGCGCGGCCAACUCAACCUGGGGACGUGGCAGGGUGUCUAUUUAUGCGAGUUCCGUCGCGCCAAACAUGCGCGCCGCAUCGUCGCGACCGUCCUUCCAUAG